UGCGAAGCAUAGUUACCAUGGUUACACCCUUGACAUUGGUUAUUUUCCUGCAGCAAUUUCUUGACGUUUCUCAUACUCUUUACCAUUUGUAGUUUAAUUUUAAUGUCGUGGAAACACAAAAAUGACAUUAUAGCAGCUAACACAUUAUAACAGUGUUUUCCUGCUCGUUUUCUCUCUGUCAUGAAGUUAAUUAGGAUAGAAAUGCAGCUUGUUAAUCAAGAAACCCAGAAACACGCCUACAUGCGAGACCGUAACUCAUAAAUACAUGACUCUUUAUAACGUAUUAGAACUGCAGAGCUGCUGUGAAUCCAAAUGAUUCUGAUCAUGAACUUCUGACCAAUCAGAAUCAAGAGCUGUUGUGUUAAUGUUUUAAAGCCUUUAGUCCAAGUAUAAUCUCACCCCAAGCAACAUGACUGUGAGCGUCUGAUCUCCAGCUGAAUUUCCUCCGAAAGUCCCCUCCUCCGUAUCCAGUGUGUUACAUCAUGUCCAAAGCAUCUGGAGCAAGUACGUCAAACCAGGGCGGAUGCUGGUGCGGAGGAGACGCAGGAUAUCGGCUACAGAGCUUGUUUUUUGAGCGCUUUUUUACAUUUUGCACAAACCUGCUGAGGGCAGAUGGGGUCUGGCAUCGCGCGUGAGCGAGACCUGCGUCACGGCUGUGUCAUGCAUCCGCUCUGGUUGGCCACGUGCCUGCUCUCUCUCUCCCUUGUCCUCACUGUGAAAUCAGCUGGGAAGAAAGAACACAACUUCACCAUUCAGUCGUCUCAGCUUGUAUGCAGUUUACCCGGGCCUCCAGGACCACCGGGCAGCCCGGGGCCUGCAGGGCCAAACGGGGGGCCAGGACGCAUGGGUUCACCAGGCUCUGACGGCAAGGAUGGCAAAGAUGGGGAUAAGGGGAAUAAAGGAGAGCAAGGGGAGUCGGGUCGCACAGGGAAUCCCGGAAAACCAGGACUGAAGGGUCGCCAAGGAGUCGUAGGUAGGGCGGGGCCAAGAGGUCUGAAAGGGGCACGGGGGGCACCUGGAGUGCGUGGACCGAGCGGGCUGAAGGGUGAAAUGGGAGAUCUGGGUGUAGCUGGCCUCCCCGGCGGAUGCAAGUGCGGGACGCAGGCACGCUCGGCCUUCUCCGUCGCAAUUAGCAAGAGUUAUCCGAAGGAGCGCACGCCCAUCCGCUUCGACCGCGUCCUGAUGAACGAAGGCGAACAUUACAACCCCAGCAGUGGCAAGUUCACCUGCGUUGUCCCAGGUGUGUACUACUUCAGCUACGACAUCACACUGGCUAACAAACACCUGGCGAUCGGCCUCGUCCACAACGGCCAGUACAAGAUCAAGACAUUCGACGCCAACACGGGGAACCAUGACGUGGCCUCAGGGUCCACAGUGCUCCGGCUUCAGAAAGGAGACCAAGUGUGGCUUCAGAUCUUCUACUCCGAGCAGAACGGCUUGUUCUUCGAUCCCUUCUGGACUGAUAGCCUGUUCACGGGAUUUCUUAUCUAUGCAGAUCAGAUUCCUCAGAGGAACAUCUCUUCUGCUAGCUCUGGGACAGAAUUACACAAAGAAUUAAACAGAAAUACAUCUGGUCAUGUUUAAGCUUUUUAUACAUGCUACUCUCUUUACAGCAUUAUCUUCAGAUCCACUAUUCACCGUUUUCAGGGAUGUGUGACCAAGAAAUUACCAAGAAAUUAUUCUAAACCCGUUGUGUUCUUAUUAUAAACACUUUUCCACACCAAAUUCUCUGCAAAUGCAUCCCUGGUUCCGGUCCAAAUCUCUUCAGACGUUUAUAUUUCAUGAUAAUAAUCCCAAACACCUUCAGAUUCUCUUACAUGGUAGUCACCUCCCAUAGGGUCAGAGCCAGACUAAUCAGCCACAACAUUAAAACUAAUGACAUGUGACGUGUUGAUGAUCUCAUUACAGUCAAGGAGCGGGAUAUUUUAUGCAGCAACAACAUAAUAAUGCUUCCUGGAAGGAGGAGAAGUGGGCAAGCACAAGGAUCUGAGCCACUUUCACUAGGGAUCCAGAUCUCUAAACAGCAAAUAUUGUUAGGUUUUCCCAGUAUAAAGUGGUCCAACCAGUGAAGAACAACCGAUAAAUCAGCGACAAAUCAUGUGGAGUCCCUGCCUUGAUGGAUCAGAGCUGGGUUUUUUGGUGGAACAAGGUGGACCCUCACAAUAUCAGUGAGGUGGUUUUAAUCUUAUGGCUGAUCGGUGCAUAUCAGCGACUAAUAUUCAUCUUUAAAUGUUACAUUCCACUGAAAUACUAAUUCAAUCAAAAUUACUGUAGCAUCUUCGAUGCCUGAUUUAGUGUCAUUGAGUCAUUAUUGCACCUAGUGGUCAAAAUCAGGCAUGACAAGCCCACAGGGGCAGGAAUCAUGCUGCCCCAUGCUCGUGGUCACUCUGGUGAUAUUUACUGGAGGAGGAGGAGCUGACAGGACAGUUAUGGCAGAUUAUAGACAAGUUUAAAAAAUAGUCAGUGGCCACCGAGAUCUUGUUUUCUAGGAAAUAUUUAAUCAUUCAAUAAAUCUGAUCAUUUCUGCAAACAAAGGAAGUGUGAGCUCCUCGAUGAUGUACAGAAUCAUUUCUCUUGUGAGAGAUAUAUUAGAAUAAAGAUCAAAACAUUAAA